UCAACAUCGGCCGGUUAACCCAGUACCUCGGUCAGUCAACAAACUACCAUCAACAACAGCGCGCCGUAUCAUAUAGAGGAGAGUGAAAGUUAUCAAAGAGGCACUGUGUAAUGGCGUUUUGUGUAUCUGUUGGCUCCAUCACAAUGUGUAUACUUGCGUUUCUUGUGUUCGUGACUUGCGCCACCACGACUGCACUGUGUAACUACGACACACUGACCCACAGACAGCUGUACGGGAACGUGUACCUCACUCUGUACCCGGGCGGGGAGUACCGCUGUCAACGAAACUGUUGGUACUCCAGCAGGUGCGUGUCCUUCAACUGGUACCCUCGUCUACAGAUGUGCCAACUCUGCGAUUCCUCAGGGAGGCUGCAGCCAUGGAAUCUACGGACAAGCCCUGGUGUUGUGUAUGGCGAACCGGUACGAUGUCAGGGUACGACUCACGCAUGCGCAGACAGACCUUGCAGGGAGGACGAGAUAUGCAUGCCAGCGGUCCAAGUGACUCAACACAUAUGCCUUUCAUUAGAGUCACUCCCCGUCAUUACAACAGUGCAGAGUGAGAGUACAUCUCCGCCCACCAGCACAUACAGCACUACACAGAGUACGACGUCGUCCACUACUACUCCCAGUUCAACGACUCCGACGUUGUCAACUACUACUCCCAGUUCAACGACUACGCCACCAACUACUACUCCUAGUUCAACAACUCCGACGUCAUCAACUACAACUCCUAGUUCAACGAUUACGACGUCAUCAACAACAACGCCCACUACGACCACUACAACCACUACGAAGCCACCACUAACGUCUACAACUCCUGUAUCUACAACUACAGCUGUCUUAUAUGUGGCUGAGGGAUGCUAUUCUCAGAGCAACUCCGACCGCCUCCUCCCAACUGACGACGACAUCAGCGACAACUCAAUGACCAUCCCCAUGUGCUCCGCCCACUGCCGGGAUCUCGACAAACCCUACAUCGCCCUCCACAAAGGCAAGGACUGUUCGUGUGGUAGUACCCUGGAUACUUCCGGGCACACACUGCUGGCUGACUCGGAAUGUGACAAGGCGUGUAUGGGCGACAGCAGCACGUUUUGCGGUGCCACGUUGAAGGUGUCUGUUUUCAAAAACAGUUAAUUUUGUCCAUAUGACAUAUAUUGGGUGAUUUUGCUGAUGGACAAUAGGGCUAUUGACUCGAGAUGUGGUAUGAACCUGAAUACCACAUUACCUUAUUUACAGUUAGGAUAGUUACAGACGGGUUAUGGAUGGUGGCGGGUUUCUACGCGACAGACAGAGUACUUUACAUAGUCAGACAUUGCUCCAGCUUAUACGUAUUGACACGUCAUCUCCAGAUUACCCACUGGAUUGCGUCAAGUCAGUCCAGCACUCGUGUUUUUUGUGCCGUUUUCAACAAUAUUCAAUUUACAUCACGGUGUGUGAGGUUAGUGUAGAAGGGAAGGUGUUACAACUCUCAUGAAAACACGAGCACUGGGCCACCCGGGGUUCGAACCCCUGACUAAAGGUUCCACUUGCCCAGGAGACGCACCUCUGUAAAUGGAAUUGUGGCACCUUAUACGUGUGGGUCAGUGCUUGGCUCGAUCUGACCACUCUCACCACAACAGGCUUGUUUCGUGGAUCAACUGGACACGGGCAGGGACUUUCUCUGCACAAUCCAGAAGUAGUGUUUUGUUCUCUACAGGAGGUAUAUG